CGGGGGCAGCGGGGGGCCCGCUGAGCGGCCCGGGGAGGGCCCCGCCAUGGGCACGGCCCGGCCCCAGUUCAGCAUCGACGACGCCUUUGACCUGUCCCUGGAGGAGGGGGGCGGGGGCCCGGCGGGCCCGGCCGGGGGUCCCCGCUUUGGAGGGCUGCACUUCGAGCGCAAGGCUCGGGGGGACGGCGGGGAGGACGGCGACAGGCAGUCCCGCCUCAAGUACCAGAACCUGGAGAACGAUGAGGACGGAGUCCCGGUGUCCCAGGACCCCAUCGGGGGCGUCGCCAACAACAGGGAUCCCAGCCGCUCGUCCACCCGCAGCUCUCAGUGGUCCUUCAGCACCCUCAGCAACACCACCCAGCGCUCAUACCACGCCUGCUGCAGCUGGACCCACCACCCUCUGGUCCAGAAGAAUCGCCGGGUGGUGCUCGCCUCCUUCUUGCUGCUGCUGCUGGGUCUGGGGCUCAUCCUCGUCGGGGUGGGACUGCAGGUGUCGCCAUCGGCGGGCAUCUCUAGUGCCAUCUUCUUUGUCCCGGGCUUCCUGCUUCUCAUCCCUGGAGUGUAUCACGUCAUCUUCAUUUACUGUGCAGUGAAGGGACACAGAGGGUUUCAGUUCUUCUACUUGCCCUACUUCGAGAAGUGACCGGAGGUCGGCGACCUCGGGGAAAACCCAGGACGACCAACCCACCUCCCCCACUCAACCGGGCGAGGACCCACGACCGUGCUCUGCACCCCCACUCUCGAGUGGGCCUGGCACCUGGCCACCUGCCCCUAGGGAAGACCCAGCUGCCCCGGGAUUGAGCUGCCUCUGGCCCCAAGGCCCCGCCUCAGGACACAAGCGGGCAGCCUGCCCCUGACUCUCUUCAGGACAGGGAGGUCGGGUCAGGGUGGGCUUGCAGUGAGCCCCCCACCAAGACUCUUUCUCCCCGACCUACCCCAGCACCCCCGGCUGGCUCACUCCUGCCGACCGUGGGCUCGCGCUGCCUCGAUUCGGGCGAGGCCCUGGAACGGCUGAUAAAAGGUUUAUUCGUUCA